AUGGACAUCCUCAUCAACUCGCUGUACCGCACGAAAGAGAUCUUUCUGCGGGAGCUCAUCUCGAACGCCUCGGACGCGCUGGACAAGCUCCGGUUCCUGGCGCUGUCCAACAAGGAGCUGCUGGGCAAACUGCGGGAGCUGGAGAUCCGCAUCAGCUUUGACAGGGACGCGCACACGCUCACGAUCCGGGACACGGGCGUGGGCAUGACCAAGAACGACCUCGUGACCAACCUCGGGACGCUGGCCAAGUCGGGCACGGCCCACUUUGCUGAAGCGCUGCAGAGCGGGAAGGACGACAGCAACCUCAUUGGCCAAUUCGGUGUCGGCUUUUACUCUGUCUAUUUGGUGGCCCACCGCGUUCGUGUCGUGAGCAAGAACCACGACGACGAGCAGUACAUUUGGGAGUCGGACGCGAACGCAUCGUUUACGAUCGCGAAGGAUCCGCGAGGGAAUACACUCGGCCGUGGCACAGAGAUCACGCUGUUCCUGAAGCCAGAUGCGGCCGAGUUUGAGGACCAAGACAAGCUCAAGAACCUUGUGGGGCACUACAGUGAGUUCAUCACGUUCCCGAUCUAUGUGAAUGCAAGCACGACAGAGACGUACGAGGUAGAGGAGGAGCCCAGCGAUGACGCUGCAGACGAGGAGGAGACUGGUGAGAAGGCGAGCGACAAGGAGGACGAGGACGAGUUAGAAGCCGUCAUGGAAGAUGGUGAGAGUGAGGCUCCGAAAACUCGCACGGAAACGCGUGAAGUGUGGGGCUGGGAACGUGUGAACGAAGUCAAAGCCAUUUGGACGCGCUCGAAGGACGACAUCAGCGAUGACGAGUACAAGAGCUUCUACCACACGCUAGAUAAGACGGACACCACUGACCCGCUGACCUGGAUCCAUUUCCAGGGUGAAGGCGAGAUCGAGUUCAAAUCGAUUUUGUACGUGCCAGGCAAGGCCGCCAGUGAUUUCUACACGCGCUUUGAUAGCAAAAAGGCGAAGAUCAAGCUGUACGUCCGCAAGGUGUUGAUCUCCGAUGAUUACGAUGACUUCUUGCCGCGCUACCUGAACUUUGUUGCCGGCGUCGUGGACUCGGACGACUUGCCGAUCAACGUUUCCCGCGAGUCUCUGCAAGAGAACAAGAUCCUUCGCAUUAUCCGCAAAAAGCUUAUCCGCAAAGUAUUGGAAAUGCUGCACAGACUGGCUGAGAAUGACGAAAGUGAUGAGGAGGAGGAUGAUGACGAGGAGGAGGAGGAGAAAACUGUGGAUGAGUCACAGGAUGCUGAAUCUGAUGCAUCGACGGAAUCGGAUGAGGUUGCUACGAGUGAGGAGGAAGACGAGGAGGAGGAAGAGGAAGACCGCAACGCGUCGUACAACAAGUUUUGGGAGGAGUUUGGCAAGAACAUCAAGCUGGGUGUUAUGGAGGACACCGCUAAUCGCGGCAAGCUGGUCAAGUUGCUACGCUUCGUGACGAACAAAAGUGAUGGCAAGUUGACGUCUCUGGAGGACUACGUGGGUCGCAUGAAAGACUGGCAGGACUCGAUUUAUUACAUUGCCGCUGGAAGUACGAAAGAGUGCAAAAAGUCGCCGUUUAUGGAGAAGAUGCGCGCCAAGGGCCUGGAGGUGAUCUACUUCAUCGAUGCGCUGGACGAGUACAUGGUGACGCACAUUCCCGACUUCGACGGGAAGAAGCUGGUGUCCAUUUCGAAGGAGGGUAUGAAGUUUGGCGACGAGGAUGUGUCGCUCAUGCAGAAGCGGGAACAGCUGUAUGCGGACAAGUAUACGGCGCUUACGACGGAGCUCAAGUCGCUGUACGGAGACAAAAUAUCUCGCGUCGUCAUGUCGCAGCGCGUGGUGAACUCGCCGGCCGUCAUGGUGACGUCCCAGUGGGGCUACUCUGCUAACAUGCAGCGCAUCAUGAAGGCGCAGACUUUUGUCGGUACGGACAAGAACCACCCGAUGUACGGUGCAGGAAUGGCGAUUUUGGAGCUGAAUCCUCGUCACCCGCUCGUCUCCAAGCUGAACGAAUUGAUGGCGAGCGAUCCUCAGAAAAAGGAAACGCAGGACCUCGCGUGGCUUCUGUAUGACACUACGCUGAUCAACUCGGGCUUCGAUUUACCGGACAUCGACAGCUUUUCUUCACGCAUUCGCCGCAUCAUGAUGACCAGCAUGGGCGUUGACAGUCUGGAACUUGAGCCAGAAAUCGAGGUACCGGAGGAUGAGGAGGUGGUGGACGACGACGUCGACGAUGCUGAAGACCUGGACGAUCCGACCAAGUCAGACGAUGUCGAGGUGGAUGAGAAGGCCGAUGCUGUUGAGGAGAAGGAUGAGUUGUAG